GGUUGUCAGUUGAGCCAGGGCCAGCAAGUGGCUCGCACCGAGAUUGCUAUGCCGCAGUUCUUUAAAUUCUCCAAGCUGCGGACAAAGCGUCGUCGCUCAUCCUACACUUCCGCCUCUGUUUUAAUGUCCUCUUCCACGCAGAUGAACUAUGACCAAGUUAUUUCCAAGUUGACCGACGACAAACUAAUGCUCUUCGAAGCCGCUGGCGAGGGCAACAUUGUGGAGGGCAGGCGGAUGUGUGGUCAGGAUGCGGACCCGCUGUCCCUGCCGCUAGUCGAAGACGGCGCCGUCGAGGAGGAGCAGGUGGCCCCCAUUCAGACGAUCCAUCGCGACACAGUGUUUGCUACUCCACGCGUCCCCUCGCCCUCACCCGUGAGCACAUCAGGUGCAAAUUUGAACCUCAAGUCGGAAAACGCUGCGACAGCAACACCGCAGCGCAAAAUAUCGACGUCAUCACGUUUCAUGAACGCCUUCUUCGGCGGCAGCAGCAGCGGUCCGAGCUGCGGUCACGUGGAGCAGAACAGCGAGGAGCCCGGUGACCUGGCGGCCAACCGAACGCCCACCAAGGGCAUGGAGUCUAAGCUAGUGGCCAUUUGGCACAAUGUGAAGUACGGAUGGAGCGGCAAGAUGCGACAGACCAGCUUUUCCAAGGAGCAACCCGUGUGGCUUUUGGGACGGUGCUAUCAUCGCCGAUUCACGCCGCCCGUUAGCAUGGAAAGUUCCAUUACCGAGCUGCCUAGCGGGGCGGAUACGACGCCCGACAACGCCACAUCAGCGUUCGACAGCAUACAGGCUACAUCGACGUCUGGCUCCUUGUAUCCAGCCCUGAAUCCGCUGCAGAUUGACGAAAUUGUGGUACCCCAGGAGCUGGGAAUGGACGCAGUCGAGAACCAAGUGGGUGAACAGCCUUGGGAGGAGGGUAUUGAGGGAUUUAGGCGCGACUUCUACAGUAGGAUUUGGAUGACAUACCGGAGAGAAUUUCCCAUAAUGAAUGGCUCUAAUUAUACUUCCGAUUGUGGGUGGGGCUGUAUGCUAAGGAGUGGUCAGAUGCUCUUGGCCCAAGGACUCAUCUGUCACUUUCUGGGACGCAGCUGGCGCUAUGAUUCAGAGUCGCAGUUGCACUCCACCUACGAGGACAACAUGCAUAAGAAGAUAGUCAAAUGGUUCGGGGAUAGCUCCUCGAAGAGUAGUCCCUUCUCUAUACACGCCCUGGUGCGCCUGGGGGAGCAUUUGGGCAAGAAGCCGGGUGAUUGGUACGGUCCCGCCUCGGUCUCCUACUUGCUAAAGCACGCCUUGGAGCAUGCAGCUCAGGAAAAUGCAGACUUUGACAAUAUUAGCGUAUAUGUGGCCAAAGAUUGCACGAUUUAUAUGCAAGAUAUCGAGGACCAGUGCAGCAUACCGGAACCAGCCCCCAAACCUAAUGUGCCUUGGCAGCAAGCGAAGCGACCUCAGGCCGAAACGCCUAAGCCGGAGCAGCAGCAGCAGCACUGGAAGUCUCUCAUCGUACUCAUACCCUUGCGCCUGGGGAGCGACAAACUGAAUCCGGUGUAUGCCCAUUGCCUGAAGCUGCUGCUAAGUACGGAGCACUGCCUGGGCAUAAUUGGCGGCAAGCCCAAGCACUCACUGUACUUUGUGGGCUUCCAGGAGGACAGGCUUAUCCAUUUGGAUCCGCACUAUUGCCAGGAGAUGGUCGAUGUGAACCAGGAGAACUUUUCCCUGCACUCUUUCCAUUGCAAGUCUCCAAGAAAGCUAAAGACCAGCAAAAUGGAUCCCAGUUGUUGCAUUGGAUUCUACUGUGCCACAAAGAGCGAUUUCGACAGCUUUAUGGAGAGUGUUCAGCUGUAUUUGCAUCCAAUGCGCUGUGCCUCCGGGGCAACUGUGGAGAAGGCGGCCGGGAGCUAUCAAAACACAUCUCAAUCAGCAACCCAUCAACAGAGCGAGCAAACGGAGAUGAACUAUCCGCUGUUCACAUUCUCUCGUGGUCGUUGCCUGGACCACGAGCGGGAUGAGAUGAGCGAUUCGCUAUACAAGCCGCUCAUAAAGCAAGUGGCCGAAUUGGCGCAAGAACUGGGCGCCCAAUUGUCGCCGCCGCAACAUGGCGACGAAAAUGAUCAAGAUGAUAGUGAAAGCGAAGAGUUCGUGCUGCUGUAGAACGUAACCGCCCCAUAACCUUGUUGCUGUGUUAGCUGUGUUAUUUACUCAUUAUUAUUUGAUUUAGUUCCCAACCGCCGUUGCUCGCUUGUUCGCCUAGAAAAACCCAACAGACCCGUAUCUCAAACACAAAGACUUUGUUUUACCUUUACGCCUACGCAUAUAGUACAUAGACGCAUGCAUGUAUCUUGAAUAUUUACUGAUGUCCACGUUAAUCUCUCUUUUGUUCGACUUAUAGUCUCGCAUUCUGCCAAAGUGUUUCUGCUUUUUUCAUGUUCCAGCAGCCCGAUCUGUUUAUGUGUUAUAUAUAAACAUGUGUAAUUUGCGGUAUUAUUAUUUUAAAAACAUGAAACUUUAAUGGAAUUGAAUCAUUUUACAAUGGUGCCACAAUUGUCACUAUUUUCUGAAGUAUUUCAUGUAGUCCUUACGUUCUAGAAUUUAGUUAAUUUAUGUAAGUCGUCUUGUAAUUGUUCGAUCAUUAAUUAGUUUUAACAUUAAUUGUAUAUACCCUCGAGUAAACUAACAAAUAAAUAAAUUAUCCUAAACUUAUACUAAAAAUAAA